AUGGGAGACCCUGUGCCUUUCUCCAUCCUGAACGAGAGACUGAGACCACAGUUCACUGCCAUGGAACGCCUCUGCUACUCCUUGGACACCCUGGAAGAUGGAUCACAGCGGCCUGGCACGGUCAGGGGCGGUUCAAACACACGGUCUACAAUACUGAGAGAUGAAAUACAAACACAGGACGAUUCAAGCUCGACCACGACCGAACCAGAGGAUGACCCAGAGAAAGAGGAUGUGGUCACAGAAGGGUUGACGUCUCUGACCGAAGAGGGUGACGACUGUCAUGAACUGUUGACCAUGAGCAUGAUCAGUAACUGCUUGAUGCCGUCUUUGGCCGUAGAAGAUGCUAGUCCUGAUGAUUCUGGUGAGCUGACCGUGGUCAGGGAGAGUUUGACCAUAGAGAAUGGCGGUCUAGGUGGUUUGACCAUGGUCAGUGAGGGAGAUGGAGAUGGUUCUGAUGAGGUCAGUGAGGGAGAUGGUUCUGAUGAGGUCAGUGAGGAUAAGAGCCCUUUCAGACGGAGCUACAUAGACAGAACCUUACCGGACCUCAUCAGGAAUGGACGACCGCUCAGCAGACGCAGAACACUAGGACCAGUCUCAGACACGGUGAGAGAGAGAGUGAAGACGGACAAAAAUAAAAUGUGUGUGCUGUGCGGCCAAGAAAGUGUAUUGAAUGUCAUUUGACGCUGUACUUGUUAUGCUAUUUGACGAUCUUGGACCAGAACAGAUCUUUCACCUCAUUCAGUACUAGUGUGUCAUACUCUGCUAUGGAAUGUAAUCAGCCAAUGGAGACAGGUUUGAUUUGUUGAUAAUAUAUUGUUGUCUCUCUUUGGGCCCUUAUCAGUGAGGGGCCUGGUGUGUGUGUAUCUGUGCGUGAGUAAUAUGAGCUGUCACAUGCGUAUCCAGUACAACAGGAUUUGUCUCUGCUGCUCUCAUCUUGCAGGAAUCUGGAUUAGCACUGUUUACCACUGUGCCUGAGUUUUUCAUGACACCAUCUAUUCUUAGUGGAAGGUUGUGUGUGUGUUUGUGUGUGUGUGUGUGUGUGUGUGCAUGCGUGGUUAAAGGUAGUGCCUUGGGAGAUGGUGUUUGUGUGAGUGUGUUUGUAUGUAACACUGUGUGUGUGUGUGUGUCUAGUUGAAGUGAAGAGAAAAUUCAGCAACUCCUGUAGGAAUUUGAUAAACAUGCUUCUUUACAAACGUGCUUGUGUAUGUGUGUGUGUGUGUGUGUGUGUGUGUAGUUGAAGGAGGUGCGUCGGGAGGUGGCGCUGUCUCUGAGACGCAGUCUGAGGCUGAAGGCUCAGGUGGACAAACUACAGGAGAACAGAGACGAACCAGAAUGGAGCCAACACAGGGAGAAGGUAACACACACACACACACACACACACACACACACACUUCAAAUACAGUCAAGAAUUCAAGCAUAACCAUAUAUUUCAAAGUUCAUUUCAAAGGUCAUGCAAUCGUUGAAACAUACAGAAACAAGAACUGUGUGAUGUAUACUAACUGUAAGUCGCUCUGGAUAAGAGCGUCUGCUAAAUGACUAAAAUGUAAAUGUAUAAGAGGUUGAAUAACAACAUGUAUCACAUGACAACAGGGCUUGAAUGGAGUUUCUGGGAGUAGGCUAACUGCACACAAGGAGAGAAUCCUUUCGGUUUCUGUGAAGGACAUCACGUUUAGAAGUCUGUGUGUAUGAUGAACUCUUCCCCUCUUUCUUUCUCUCUUUCCCUCCCUCUCCCCCUCCCGCUCUCACCCCUACCCCCUUCCUCUCUCCCCCUCUCCCCCUCUCACCCCCUCCCUCAGGAAAUGCAGCUCUGUCUCAGGUUCUGCUGUGGUGCAGUGGUUGCACAGCCUUUCCUCUAUAGGGAGCCAGGUUUUCCUGUUUCUACCUUUCUCAAUGGCAAGGCUGUGCUCACUGAGCCUGUACUUUUUCAAACUUUUCAAAGGUUUUGAUCAGUAACUUGGUCAAAUAGCUUGGGUGAUGCCAGGGUGUACUGUCGUUUUAGAGCCAGAUAGCACUGCAUUUUGCUUUGUGCUUGUUUUUCCCAAUAGGUAAUGUAGUUUUGGUUUUGACUGUGUAAUUUGGUUUAUUCUGAUUGAUUGGAUGUUCUGGUCCUGAGGCUUCAGUGUGUUAGUAGAACAGGUUUGUGAACUCAGGACCAGCUGGAUGAGGGGAAAUAUUUUAUUUUCUCAGCUCUUGGCAUUGCAGGGUAAAUGUUAUGAGAGUGGGUCACUAUUUGAGAUGUUUUCUAAACUUAAUUGCUAUUUUUAUUAUUAGUGGUUAUUGGCCUAAUUCUGCCCUGCAUGCAUUGUUGUAGUUUUCCUCUGGACAUGUACUGUAGGUGUUUGUACCAUUGGGUGAAAUCUUGUUUCGCAAGUGGACUCCACACCUCACUGCCAUAAAGUACAAUUGAUACAAUGACACAUUCAAUUAGUUUGAGCCAAAUUUGACUAGGUCUUUCUAUUUUAUUAUUUAUUUUACCUUUAUUUAACUAGGCAAGUCAGUUAAGAACAAAUUCUUAUUUACAAUGACGGCCUACACCGGCCAAACCCGGACGACGCUGGGCCAAUUGUGUGCCGCCCUAUGGGACUCCCAAUCACGGCCGGUUGUGAUACAACCUGGAAUCAAACCAGGGGGUGUGUAGUGACUCCUCAAGCACUGAGAUGCAGUGCCUUAGACCGCUGCGCGACUUGGGAGCCCAAGUUUUCACUGUAGUAUUUGAAUGUGUUUUUUUGUGGUGUAGAAUGCCCUGCGUGCUCUCUCAAUUAAUUCACUGCCUCAUUUAGGUGUCCAGUUGAGCUUAUUUUGAAAUCUAAGUAAUUGUAGUGUGUGUAGUACUCUAUAUAUAUUUUGUAGAAAUUGAGAACUUUGGUCUAAUUCCCUGAGAUCUGGGUCUUCUCUGGAAAAUCAUUGUUUUAGUCUUUUGGGGAUUUACUGCCAGGGCCCAGGUCUGGCAGUACUGCUCUACCAGGUCCAAGCUCUGCUGUAGGCCAUGUGCUGUGCGUGACAGCAGGCACAGGUCAUCUGUGAAGAGCAGGCAUUUAACCUCUGUAUUUUGGAGACUAACACCAUGGGCUGAGGAUUUUUCUAGAAUAGUGGCCAAAAGCGCUGGGCUGAGAUUGCAACCCUGGUAAAGGCCAGGCCCCUGGUUAAAGAAUUGUCUUGCCAAUUUUGAUGCUCCAUUUAUUGCCACGGAUUAAAUUGUCACACGUCGUGCGAUGUUUUGGUAUAAAUCCAAUCUGGCUUUUACUCAAGACAGUGCUCAUUAAGGAAGUUUAGAACUCUUACAUAUACAGUGAGGGAAAAAAGUAUUUGAUCCCCUGCUGAUUUUGUAUGUUUGCCCACUGACAAAGAAAUAAUCAGUCUAUAAUUUUAAUGGUAGGUUUAUUUGAACAGUGAGAGACAGAAUAACAACAAAAAUAUCCAGAAAAACCAUGUCAAAAAUGUUAUAAAUUGAUUUGCAUUAUAAUGAGGGAAAUAAGUAUUUGACCCCCUCUCAAUCAGAAAGAUUUCUGGCUCCCAGGUGUCUUUUAUACAGGUAACGAGCUGAGAUUAGGAGCACACUCUUAAAGGGAGUGCUCCUAAUCUCAGUUUGUUCCCUGUAUAAAAACACCUGUCCACAGAAGCAAUCAAUCAAUCAGAUUCCAAACUCUCCACCAUGGCCAAGACCAAAGAGCUCUCCAAGGAUGUCAGGGACAAGAUUGUAGACCUACACAAGGCUGGAAUGGGCUACAAGACCAUCGCCAACCAGCUUGGUGAGAAGGUGACAACAGCUGGUGCAAUUAUUCGCAAAUGGAAGAAACACAAAAGAACUGUCAAUCUCCCUCGGCCUGGAGCUCCAUGCAAGAUCUCACCUCGUGGAGUUGCAAUGAUAAUGAGAACGGUGAGGAAUCAGCCCAGAACUACACGGGAGGAUCUUGUCAAUGAUCUCAAGGCAGCUGGGACCAUAGUCACCAAGAAAACAAUUGGUAACACACUACGCCGUGAAGGACUGAAAUCCUGCAGCGCCCGCAAGGUCCCCCUGCUCAAGAAAGCACAUAUACAGGCCCAUAUGAAGUUGUGCUGCAGCUUCUCUCUAGGAGUCUCUACAGGCUGGUAUCUGUGGUGCAGCACCAUCUUGAUGACAGACAGCUCCUUUGCCAUCUCCUUUACCUCCUCAAGAGCUGUGGUGAGGCUAUCUCUCAGCUCCUGGACUGGUUGAUCUGGUCCUGUGGAAGCUCUGUCAGGGCUGGAGUUGGUGUAGCUGGGGGGGCUGCUCCUUUAGCUCAGUAACCCAUACCUCUAACAGAGCCGGCCUGUCUCUCAGCAGGCUGAUGGUGGUGUGGUCUUGGCUCUGGUGGUCGUAGGCAGGCAGGGGGGAGGAUAGACCUGUUGUGUGGAUCUGGGCCUGGGCUCCUGCUGUUGGAGUGCCUGAGAUGAGGGGAGAGGUCGGGGUGCUGUCCUUUUUGGUUUCCGCUAUCUUCCCCAGGGAAGUCCUGCACAAAAGAGCUGAGUGCAGCCUCACUGCCCUGGACCAUGACAGUGCCGCUCUGGUCCGUUUACCAUCAGAAACCUGUUUUCACUGUGGUAUUUUUGUUGUAUUUGCCUUCCCUUGCAGAUGCCUAUUGUUUGUUGUAUAGCUGAAAUGCCUGGUUACAGCUGUAUGCCAGGCAGUAGUGUGGUCUGUGUAAAAUAACAGGUUUGUAACAGUCCUGUUGUGUGAGCAGUCGGCAAACAAAGUCUCCGGGUUCUUCCUCUGAAUUCUGUGUUUAAAAUUGAGUCUUCCCUUCUCUAAUUUUAUUUCUGCUGCAAAUUUAAAAACAAAGACGGGGAAAGUCUCUCUGCUGGUGCUGCUGCUGCCUCAGUGGUCAUGUUGCUAUGGUUACCGCCAGUUGGCGCUAGCUAGUAAGCUAACUGACAAAUUGGAACUUAGCUAGCUAGCACGAUUAAGAUCGCUCUUUUAACUCAUACUCUGUCAAUCUUUUCCUCUUGUGAUGAUCUUCAGUUGUACAAUUUGAUUACUUAUAUUUUUCUGCCAUUUUUCAUCGUGUUCAUCUCACUCCUAACAACCAAGAAGUUAUAAAAAAGUCAGGAGCUGUUGUUCUGCAUGACUGCAUUGACUGUUUCUCUCUCUCUCUCUAGGUUACAGAGGAGGUUCAGUCCAUUCUGAGGUUGUUGCUUCCUCUGACAGAAGCAGAGUCCAGCUCAGUAGAACCAUCUGGUCAGGAGAACAGUCUGGAUACAGCCCUGGUCCUGCUGCAGAACGUAGCACGCAAACUAGCUCUCAGCCACACAGCACAGGUGAACAUAAACUAGAUCUCAGCAACACAGCACAGGUGAACCUAAACUAGCUCUCAGCAACACAGCACAGGUGAACCUGUACCGGAGUGCCAAGUCUAGGUCCAAGAGGCUUCUAAACAGAUUCUACUCCCAAGCCAUAAGACUCCUGAACAUCUAAUCAAAUGGCUACCCAGACUAUUUGCAUUAGAUCCCACCCCCACAGGCAAACCCAUACAAUACAAAGAUGAGUAAAUCUAUGCAGAUCCAACAGUAGCUCAGAGGCUAAGGGUUCAUGUCAGGUGAAUUUAGACCCCGCCCCUCGGGUGAGCCUUAACCCUGCCAGUGAGGUGAGCCCAGACUGGUUCAGUUCAUGUACGUGUCCUGAUGGGUUCAGUUAGCUCAACCUUGUUUCAGUGGAAUUUUAAUUACUUGGUGGCAUUUAAAAUUACUCCUAGUGUUACUGAGUCAUGGUGCAUCACCACAUACACGGAAGGCCAGAAUAUAUCAGCAAACAUUUCAUUCCAACUAGCAGAAGUACUGAUAAAUGUACAUCAUCAGUAGUAAGAAACAAUUUUAUGUCAAUGCAUUCCAUAACUGUAAGAAUAUCAAUAAAACAAACCUCCCUUUUUUCCCCCAACCACUUGCUCUUGUUUUGUUUCCCCCAGGAUUCCAAGUCCUGGGUUCAGAAAGGGAAUGAUGUAGAUGACAGCGCUAUUCUACAACAGGCACUACGGGACAGAGACGAUGCCAUGGAGAAGUGAGUACACACACACACACACACUUCACGGCAAAGAGAAGUGUCAAUGCCUCAUCUAAAAGAGGGAAAAGCAUUGUUCCUGUAAAAAAAAUGACACAUUGAUGUUUUGUUUAGUUUUUUUUCUCCCACUUCCUGUUGAACAGGAAGAAGGCCAUGGAGGCGGAGCUUCUCCGUAGUAAGACAGAGAUGAUGUUACUGAACAACCAGCUGCUGGAGGCUGUGCAGAAACGACUGGAGCUCUCGCUGGAACUAGAGGCCUGGAAGGUACUAAGAGAUGGUGGGAGGAGAGAGAGAGAGAAAAGAUAGAUAUGUCUGAGACCUACAUUAUGGAACAUAUGGACUCAGCUGGGAAGAGGUGGUACAGUCGAAAACAAGCUCUCACUAAUGAGGGCCAAUAGCAAAUUACCCAUGGUUUAGCACACACGUGCACUCACACACACACGGUAUAGUGUAUCCAGCCGGUACAGGUCACCAGCUGGUGUCCUAGCGUGAUACUGGAGUAAUAGAGCCUGGGGCCAUCUGGUGGUGAGGGACCAGCUCCCUCUAAUGGUGCAAUAUGACAUGACAUGCACUACAUCACCAAAGAUAUGUGGACACCUGCUCGUCGAACAUCUCAUUCCAAAGUCAUGGGAAUUAAUAUGGAGUUGGUCCCCCCUUUGCUGCUAUAACAGCCUCCACUCAUCUGGGAAGGCUUUCCACUCGAUGUUGAAACAUUGCUGCGGGGACCUGCUUCCACAAGAGCAUUAGUGAGGUCAGGCACUGAUGUUGAGCGAUUGGGCCUGGCUCGCAGUCAGCGUUCCAAUUCAUCCCAAAGGUGUUCGAUGGGGUUGAGGUCAGGGCUCUGUGCAGGCCAGUCAGGUUCUUCCUCACCAAUCUCAAUAAACCAUUUCUGUAUGGACCUCGCUUUUUGCACUUGGGCAUUGUCAUGCUGAAACAAGAAAGAGCCUUCCCCAAACUGUUGCCACCAAGUUAAGAUUUCCCUUCACUGGAACUAACAGCCCGAACUAUGAAAAACAGCCCCAGACCAUUAUUUCUCCUCCACCAAACUUUACAGUUGGCACUAUGCAUUCGGGCAGGUAGCGUUCUCCUGGCAUCUGCCAAACCCAGAUUUGUCCGUCGACCUGCCAGAUGGUGAAGCGUGAUUCAUCACUUCAGAGAAUGCGUUUCCACUGCUCUAGAGUCCAAUGGUGGCGAGCUUUACACCACUCCACCCGACGCUUGGCAUUACGCAUGGUGAUCUUAGGCUUGUGUGUGGCUGCUCGGCCAUAGAAACCCAUUUCAUGGCCUCCCGAGUGGUGCAGCGGUCUAAGGCACUGCAUUGCAGUGUUGCGGCGUCACUACAGCCUGGGGUUCGAUCACAGGUUGUCAUUACCGGCCGAGAGUCCCAUUGGGCGGCGCACAAUUGGCCCAGCGUCGUCUGGGUUAGGGGAGGGUUUGGCCGGGGGUGCUUUGCUUGGCUCAUCGCGCUCUUGCGACUCCUUGUGGCAGGCCGGGCGCCUGCAGGCUGACUUCUGUCGUCAUUUGAAAGGUGUUUCCUCUGACACGUUGGUGCAGCUGGCUUCCGGGUUAAGAGAGCGGGUGAUAAGAAGCGCGAUUUGGCGGGUCAUGUUUCGGAGGACGCAUGAUUCGACCUUCGCCUCUCCCGAGCCCGUUGGGGAGUUGCAGCGAUGAGACAAGAUCGUAAUCAUGAAAUUGGGGAGAAAAAGGGGGUAAAAAAUCCUAAUAAAAUAAGAAACCCAUUUCAUGAAGCUCCUGACGAACAGUUCUUGUGCUGACGUUGCUUCCAGAGGCAGUUUGGAACUCGGUAAUGAGUGUUGCCACAGAGGACAGACUAUUUUUAUGUGCUACGCGCUUCAGCAGUCGGUGGUCCCGUUCUGUGAGCUUGUGCGGCCUACUACUUUGCGGCUGAGCCGUUGUUGCUCCUAGAAGUUUCCACUUCACAAUAACUGCACUUACAGUUGACCGGGGCAGCUCUAGCAGGGCAGAAAUUGUACGAACUGACUUGUUGGAAAGGUGGCAUCCUAUGACGGUGCCACGUUGAAAGUCACUCAGCUCUUCAGUAAGGCCAUUAUACUGCCAAUAUUUGUUUUUAUACACCUGUCAGUAGCGGGUGUGGCUGAAAUUGCCGAAUCCACUAAUUGUAAGGGGUGUCCACAUACUUCUGUGUGUAUAUAUAGUGUCACACCUAGGAUUAGCUCUGUCUUCUCAUUCAUACCUUGGUAUGAUCAUCAGACAUAGACAUACAUAAAUACAGUGUGUAUAUAUAGCCGUUAGAUCAGUCAUGUCUACUGUCACCAAGAGGAGAAUGUACACUAUAUAUACAAAAGUAUGUGGACACCCAUUCAAAUUAGUGGUUUCGGCUAUUACAAUGAAAAGAGCUGAUCCUAGGUGUGAAUGAGAAGACAGAUCUGAUCAUAGGUGUGAAUGAGAAGACAGAUCUGAUCCUAGGUGUGAAUGAGAAGACAGAUCUGAUCCUAGGUGUGAAUGAGAAGACAGAUCUGAUCCUAGGUGUGAAUGAGAAGACAGAUCUGAUCCUAGGUGUGAAUGAGAAGACAGAUCUGAUCCUAGGUGUGAAUGAGAAGACAGAUCUGAUCCUAGGUGUGAAUGAGAAGACAGAUCUGAUCCUAAGUGUGAAUGAGAAGACAGAUCUGAUCCUAGGUCAGACUGAACUAGAGAGACAAUAGAGCAGGCAGUGGCGGUAAACACAAGUAAAAACAGUUUACCCACCUUUCGAUUUUGCCCAACAGUUUAUCCACCUUAUGCAGAAAAAUGCAUUGAAAGGAUAGGUAGCUUUACUUUUUUCACCGCGACCAGCAAACAGAGUUUACCCACCUAUUUUAUUUUUACCACUACAUCACUGGUCAGAAUAGGUUUGGUGUCUAACGCCUCGAUCACACCGACAUCGUUUUUGUAUUUUGGUACCAGAAGUACAUUCAUUUCCAAUGGAAGCUGCGUUUGCCUUGCGGCAUUGCUUUGUAGAGCGUUCUGUGUGGUGCAUACGUAGGAUUUAUCCAACGUGUGUGUCAAACUGUAUGCAUAGACGGCUUGACAGAAAUGGUAGCAGAAGGUGAAUGUUGAACUUUUGUUGCACACAUAUCCAGAUGAUGCUGCGUGCCAUUUUGUGCAAUGACGCUGAGGCUUCAGAGGUAGAAGUUGCAGCAGUGGGCAGAAAAAAAAUCAACAUAAAUACAACUGCAAUACUGAAAUGCCAUAAUGAGGAAUAAUCCAUCAAUAUCGUUGUCUGCGUUUUUUACUAUUGGGCAAUAAAAAGAUAAACAAAAAAAACGAAUAAUCUGUCUAUUUCUGUGUGUCAGGACGAUGUCCAGAGGAUCCUGCAGCAGCAGCUCCAGAGCCAGCAGGCAGCAGAACAAGCCCAGAGGAAGCCCUCCCGUCUGGGGCUGAUGAGGAGGACCAAAGGACCCACACACCAGAAGCCAGCCUCUACCCCUACCCAUACCACCUCUACCUACAAUCCUGGACAGGUCGUCCGUAACCCUGUUCCCUCCCCUGCCCCCCAACGCAACCCCGUCACCUGGAGGGAUAGGCUGAAAAUGGGGAAGAUGGGUCGUCAUGGUGACCAGGAUGCAGCGCAGGCUUCACCGAUGUCGCGGUCGUCGAGCAGUAGCAGCAGCAGACCGGAGGAGGGGUUUCAUACCAUAGACUUAUAAUACUUCAUACCAUGGGAGGGACACAAAUCAUAGCUACUUUAUACUUUUUUCAAACUGUGGAUUCUUACUGGGAGAGAUACAUGGAUUGAGCUGAUAGUUGACGUGAGUUAUACACAGUCACCGGGAGAUUCAUUCUCUACUUGAGGAAAACAUUAUUCAGUGGUAAUGGUUGCCUUCGUACUAGGAGCAUUCUGUCUUGAUUGCCUGCAUACUACAUUUGGGUUGUAGAUUUUCCCUCCAACUGUAAUCAUUAAUUUGCAACUGUAAUGAGAAGCAGUCAUGUUGACUAACACGUCUCUGAUUAAAGUCAUGUAAAUGUCCUUCCAAUGCUGAGCGUGCUGUUCAUUGUAGUCGAGGAGACAAAUUCACAGCUAAAAUUGAGGGAUAAAACAGCCAGUUUCCCAAGGAUAUCACUACUCACAUCCCAUUCUCCUCUUAGUACCGGUUAGUCUGCAACUAUUAUGGGUUAUCUAAGGGAGGAAGAUGACGAGGAAGUCAAGACAAAUUAGUUUUUAUUUUUCCAUUGUAAUAUACAUCAGUAAUACAUACAAUUUUCAAUAUACUAUACAUCUCACACAACUAAAUAACAUCUUUAAAUUCAUGUCUUGCCAUUUUUUAGAACGAACAACGUUACUGUGGCAAUGUUUUAAAAACAAAGAGUUCAAAUGCAUAGGCCUAUCGACAACUGACACCUGAAGGAGAGGAUGAAAAGGCAUGCUCAGAGUAAAAUACACUAUACACCUCUAAAUUACUGUUUGUCAAUUUAAACAUGGCUAAAUAAAUUAACAUUUCACCUCAUACCUGGGUUGAAAUGGUAUUUGUUUUCUUUCAAAUACUUUAGGUGUGCGCUUGAUUGAGCUUG